UUGUAAACAGCGGAAUUGUGUUUGAAAUCCUGCUUUCGAUCGGAUCCCGCAAAGGGAUGAGGGCGCUAUGUUUAUAACACAACCAGAGCGGUGCCAGCGGACUGCUACUGGGGACGAACAGAACGCCACGGACGGACGGACGGAGAAAACGCCCGCCCCCGCCCCUAUAGAGAAUCUACAUUAUCAACGUCAAUCGGCUUAUCAAAACUGGAACGUUUAAUCGGCCAUCUUUAUCAAAACUGGUAACUUUUACCUUCGGGUAGAGACAGACCACAAGGGACUGUCUGAAAAUGGAAAAAAACGUUUUUACGUACGAAUGACCACGUACGUCGCGCCAGGAAUUGCCCCUGGACUUUUUCGUUACCGGCCGCUCGGCCAAUUUUUGUUUCUUUGUAAACAGCGGUAUUGUUUGUGAUAUCCUGCUUACGAUCUAGUAUGGGUCCUUUAUUGUGUGGUUAAAAGUUUGCACGCCAGCCGGCCGCUGUUGGCCGGUUACUGGGCGCGCGUGCACUCUUGCUGCACCCAGUCUCCUGGGGGACGCGGCCGAGGGCUAGAAGAGCUGCGGCAACAGACAGAAGUGUGAGCAGCCAGAUUGCGUCUUCUGCCUCUCGGCCGCCUGAGCCAGAUCGGUUCGGGAUUGUCGCAGAGACGAUGCAAACCCGCAACACUGGAUCCACCCUGUUAUUCCAACUCGUGCUCCUGACACUCCUCCUGUUCCAGGAGGGCAACCCCAGCAAAGUUCUCAACUCUUUCAUGGGCCCUUACAUUGGUUAUGGCGAACACUUUUACAUGUGCGAGCCAAACAACCGCCUGCUGCCCUGUAGAUGGAAUAUUCGCGCUACUCACUUCAACCCAUAUAAACCAAAAGAGUUGCAACGCUUGACAGGCAAUGUGACGGCUGGUGAAGCGCUUAGUGACGACUUGUGGGCGAAAGUAGUUGUGGAUCUUCGAUCGAACAAUCAAUGGAAGGAAAACGCCUUUGUCUUUACUUUUAAAAACAGUGCAUGUCGGGCUGCUAGAGAAAAUAUUCCUGGAUUUUACAAGCAGGUUUUAAAGGGAAAAGAUGAAGGUGCGUGCACAGUGCCAGCAGGAGUUUACGAGGUCAAUAACACCCCAGUGGACUGGAGUUUUCCUAAAGUUCCACUCAUGCCUUAUGGGUCCUGGAGGUUCAGACUCACGAUUGGCAAAUCUGAAAACCUUUACGCAUGCUUCGUGAUAGAUGCUAAGACUGUUCCGAAAACCGCCUAGGACUAGGAAGUAAUUUUAUUUUUGACACAUAUAUGGUCUAAAGAAAUGGUUAAAAUUGGAAGACUAAUUUCGUUUUCUUUAUUGGAACUAGUUUUGCACGCGCAAGGGAACGUCUCUCGGUCUUACUCAUUAAUUUCGCUAGUAGCGAUAACCGAUUUUAGCUGCCCAUACUUUGUUUUUUGUCUUUUUUUUUGUUUUUUAAUUUGUGAUAUUUUGCAUCUGCCCGCCACUGGCCUGAUAUCAGGGGUCAAGAGGUCAGGCAGCCGUUGUUGCGCACUUGCGAUGAAGCGCCGCCGUGUGAGUACUUGUACUACUCUGGCCACGCAAAGGUUAUGCAGCCCCCCCCCCCUCCACCCGGUCUGCACUGCGCCCCCCGCGACCCUGACAUAGAAAGUUGUUGUACAGCGGCGGCGGCGGCAGCAGCCAGAUCGAAACUGGUUUAUGACAUCAACCUGAAUAUUGACUCUUUCGGAAGUCCAUUUCCGAGCCGUUUACUCUUUUGUUUUGCUGCUGUUGCCUUGACUGACUGACGGCGAUCAGGCGCUGGCUUUUGACGAGAGACCAGAGGCCGGGCACGCACAUGUAUGUAAAGGGGCAGUACGCAAAUCGCGUUAAUUUUCCAUUUCAAAAAGGGUGUUUUUUCCUCUUUUUUUUCGCAAUAUCUUUCGAGUUGCCGAUCCGAGUUCGUCAUAAAAUAAGUUUUCCAUCGAGAAAAAAAUGUUACCAGGGACCGCAUAUUUUCUAAAUCCCUCACAGCAAACAUUUUUCCGGGAACUUCCCGGUUGGAUUCGGGAAGUACAUUUUCUGGUUGCUCCAAAUGUUAGAACAUGCACAGAUAUGACGAAAAAUAACAUCCGGAAAAUUACUUCCCGGAUUCAACCGGGAACUUCCCCGAAAUAUAUUUGCUGUGCUGCCUUCAGAGUGUAGCGUCGUGAAGAAAGCACAUACCACCUCCUAAAAUAACGUGUAAUUUAUACACGAACCGCACGUCAUAGAGCCGAAUGCGCGUGGAUUCUUCCACCCCGUGCUUAAACAUGACAUCAAUAAAAUAAA